CGCGUGCUCGUGGCAGUUGAUAUAAAACCCAAGCGCCAGGUCCUCUCAAAGUUCCACGCGAGACAGGCGUUCAGGCGCGUGCCACUCCCAAGUUCAGACAGAGUCAGUGACAGCCAGUACGGUUAAAAGAUGUACAGAUUCACUCGUUCCUCGAUGAUGCAGCCCAUGGUCCACUCUGGCAUGGGUAUGGCCCCCUUUUUUAAGGUGACAGUGUUCGAGCAGGAGCACUUCCAGGGCAAGUGUCAGGAGUUCACCUCUGAAUGCUGCAACAUUCAGGACUGUGGCUUUGACAACAUCCGCUCCAUCCGCGUGGAGUGUGGAGCCUGGGUGGGCUAUGAGCAUCAUGACUUUGAGGGCCAGCAGUUUAUCCUGGAGAGGGGAGAGUACCCUCACUGGGACGCCUACAGCGGAAACCUGUCCUACCACAUAGAGAGGCUCAUGUCUCUCAGACCCAUCUACUGUGCUUCCCACCAGAGCAGUCGUAUGAUGAUCUUUGAGAAGGAGAACUUCCUGGGUCGCACCACAGAGAUCUGUGACGACUACCCCUCUCUCCAGGCCAUGGGCUGGUGUGGCACUGAGGUCGGCUCCAUGCACGUGCAGUGUGGCGCGUUUGUGUGUUACGAGUUCCCUGGCUACAGAGGCAGACAGUAUAUGAUGGAGUGCGAGAGACACAGCGGAGACUACCAGCACUGGAGGAACUGGGGCUCCCACAGUCAGACCCCUCAAAUCCAGUCUAUCCGCCGAAUCCAGCACUGAGGACCUCAUCACGCCUGCAACCGCCAAAGUACCACCAAGACCACAUACACACAACGGCUCAUUCAGCUACUGCAAGCCAGUGUCGUUUUACUGCUAGCAACCAAAGAAACACACCUUCAUUCACACCUGCAUUUCUAUACUGUAUGACGUCUGGAACUGACUAACUUUGCCCCACACACACACACACACACACACACAACUGAGCCACACCUCUGGAGGGUUUCAUCGAAUCAGCACAGACCCUGUGUGACCUAGACCACACACCCCUUUGUGUGAUUUGUGAAGGGGUGGGGGACGAGGCAGUGGAGAGCCAUCCUUCUGCUGGUCCAGUUUAGGUGUGUAGGGGGAUGAGAGAAUUACAAAGUUAACAAUCAUAUGGAAAAAAUAAACUUUUAUGCACUUCAGUUCCUCCCCUCUGUGCUAUCAUUAAGAGUGUGUGUGUGUGUGUGUGUGUGUUUGUGUGUGUGUGUGUGUGAGUGUGAGUGGUUGUAUAUGUUUGUGAAAUGAGAGGCCAUCUGACUCGAAUUAGAGUGUAUAACCGUAUUCUGUAAGUAAUAAUGCAUAAUUAACCAUACAGAGCCUAGUUCAUUAAUUGGUAAACAAUUAAAUAGAUUUGCAUGAAAUAAGAUUGACUGCCGGUGUUGUCAAUUAUAGUGAUCCAAAAAUGGCGCAUUUCUUACAUGCAGUAGCUACC